AUGUUUUUUUUUUGUUUCUUUGUUAUUUAUAUAUUUAUUUUGUUCAAUGUUGUCUUUUCAAAAUUAAACUAUCAAAAUGAACAGAUGGCAUCAGCUUUUUUUGAGUCACAUAAAAAUUAUAUUGUAACUAAAGAAGAUAUAAUUGAUGGAAUAGAAAAAUGUUGGUUUAAUGUAUCAGAAUAUUUAAUUAAUGAAUCAAUAAAACAAGAAAAGGAUUUUAGCAAUGAUAUUAAAGCAACAAUUAAUACAUUAAAACAAAAAUUAGAUCAAUUAGUAACUGUUUCUUAUUCAAAUAAAAAAAUAGACACUGUAAAUGCAUCGUUUCAGUGGGCACAAUCUCCAGAAAAUAUUUUUCUAAAUAUCAAAUUUUCACAUAGAUGGAGUUCACCGGGUGCUCUAAAAGUUAAAAAUGAAGAAAUAAUUUCAAACAAAAAUCAUUUUUCUUUUUCUGCUUUUAGUAAUGAUUCUAAUUCAUUAACAAAAAAAUAUAUUGUUGAUUUAACUCUCCUUCACAAUAUAAUAGAAUCAGAAACAAAAUAUAAUUUUGCAUCAGUUGGUAAAGUUGUUGUUACAUUAAAAAAAGAAAAAAAAAAAAUAUGGAAUAGAUUAUUGUUAUCAAAAGAAAAAAUUCCAAAUAUGCAUGUAUGGUGGGACAUGAAAGAAAAAUAUCAUGGAAGUAUUCAAGAUUUUUUAAAAGAAGAAGAAAAAAAAAAAAAAAAAUAUUUAGAAAAAAAAAGAAAUGAAAAACUUGAAAAUGUAGAGAAAGAAAAUACAACAGAAUUAAAAGUAGAAAAUAACAAAAUUGAUGAAAAUGGAAAUAAUAAUGAAGAAAAGGAUACUUUAAUAGAAAAUAAAUAUGAAAAUGAACAAAGAGAUGGGAAAAAAGAUGACGAAGAUGGAGAAUAUAAAGAAGAAUAUGAUGAUGAUGAAGAAGAAAAUGAAAAUUAUGAAGAAUAUGAAGAUUAUGAAAUUGAAAAUGACAUAAAUGAAAUGUCAUUGAAUGAAAAAGAUUUAGAAAAUACAGAAAGUACAAAAAAAGAAGACAUUAAAAAAGAUGACGAAUUAUAA